UGUAGCGGGCUCCUGAAGGGCCGUUAUGUGCGGUUGUUGCGUCAAUUAGGUGUCACUCGGCGAUUCCACGAUGUUGAUUAUAUUGUCGAGGUCGAAAUUGAUGGAGACAACUUGACGGCAUCUUGUGAAGAGCGGUUUGAAGGGACAAGGUGGACGUCUACGUUCUCGAACCGGUUUAUCGAGGAGAUUACUCACCGGACUGGCAAUUUCAAAUCGUUCGGGGUCUUCGCGCAAAUGCUAUUCGACGCGUUGCUUGAUACGAGUCAGCACGAGGCUGUUCACGAUGAUGCUACUGUCACAGUGGAUAUAUUGACGAUGAGGACCUGUGGAUUCUUGUCAUCCGUCCAGGCAUCAUACGAUCGAGUCCAUUACCCUCUCGCCCUAGCACGACAGGAGCCCGGCUCGGAUGCAGCGGCGCUGUUGAGGACGAUCAAGCGACUGAGCCGAGAAUUGAAG